AAAAAAAAAAAAAGGAGACUACCACAAACUGGAUAAUAAUACGAGUUGGCCAUGGAAAUGCCUUUUGUUUAACGGUCAAUAUGACAAAAGAAAACAUAAUAGUAACUAUAUAGUAACUCUUACAAAAGUAGUGUUAUGGCGAUGAACGUUACUCCGAUCCGUAAACUCGUGCAAAUUCUCGAGAAAAACGUGAGCACACUCAAGGCGGAAAGUUGUAGUUCGGACAUCGAUCUUAAAUUCCGCGAUAAACUCGAAUGGUUUGGUAAAGUGUCGAGUAGUCUGACGGAUAAACUUCAGUCAUUGCUGUAUUUGUCUGAGAAUUACAGUUUCGUGAACAAUGAUCUUAAGCAGUUUGUAAACGGGAUUGUCAAUCUGUGGAUCUCUGUUAAUAAGCAGGUGUGUGAGAAAUGUUCCAAGAUUCGAAUGGCUAGUCACACAUUAUCAGGAGUACCGUUAUCGUUGCUCAUUGAAAAGAUAAAGAAAGAAAGUUCUCGGACGAAAGAAUUGUUAGAUACUCGUGAGGAUGCAUAUACCAGUCGUGAAUAUACCGAGUGUUGCGCUCUACUCGAUGAAAUCGAAGAUUUAUUGAGCAAUCUAAAACGAUGCGAUCAUAAGUUACAACAUUAUUUAGCCAUGUCCAAGUUGAUUCCGUUCCUCGUUAAGCUAGAAGCGACUGUAAACGAAUAUGCUUCUACCAUCGAAGUGCCGCUAAUGAAUAGAGCCGAAUGUACAGAAUUGGAUGUUUUCACAAUCGUUGCGAAACUUCUCACUGGUGAAUUAUUAGAUGACGAACCUAUGAAUCCAUAUCACGUGCUAGCGGAUAACGCACCCAAGAAACCGGUUUUCAUCGUUAAAAUCAAACGCAGAAUAGAUGUUCCGUCGAUAUCUGUCGUUGAAACAGUGACGUAAAAACACCAUC